UCAGUGUCCGUUAACCGGUCCUACGAACGAUGACCAUCGAAAGAGCUCGAGUCCCGUUAAGUCGGUGGCAACAAGCGGCGGUGGCGAUGGGGUCCGCCGUCGGUGCGUUGGUCAAUCCUCGUAGAGCGGAUCUAAUCGCCGCUCUCGGCGAAACAACGGGGAAACCAGCUUUCGAAAUGGUUCUUGAGAGGAUGAAGAAGAGUCCUGAAGGAAGAGCUAUAUUGCUGGGGCGUCCUCGUGUAGUGUCAGAGCAAGUAGGCCAUGCUUGGGAUCUACCAGACAACACCUUUGGAGCUGCAUAUGCAAAGUUCAUGGGAUCUAGAAACUUCUCUUCUGAUGAUCGGCCGCCUGUGAGAUUCAUGGAGACAGAUGAGUUGGCUUACGUAGCAACGCGGGCGCGUGAAGUUCAUGACUUGUGGCACACGCUCUUCGGCCUCCCUACGAAUCUUAUAGGUGAGUCGGCUCUGAAAGUCAUAGAGUUCGAGCAGAUGUAUCUUCCGAUGUGUAUGCUCUCUGUGAUUGGAGGCACCGUGAGGUUUAAUGAGAAGCAGAGGUCGAUGUUUUUGAGGCAUUACCUUCCUUGGGCUGUUCGAGCGGGAAGGCAGUGUACAGACCUCAUGUGUGUGUACUAUGAGAGGCACUUUAGCGAAGACUUAGAGCAAGUUAGGAGACAAUGGGGGAUCAUCCCUGCUCCUCAACAUCCUAAAUGAUGUGAGACUUUGUACGUUUUGUAUGCAGAACUUGUUACAGUGUAAUUGGUUUCAGAAUCAAUUUGAUUCGAUGAUGAAGAGUCAUAAACAAGUUUUCAUUAAGUUGAAGUUGCAUUGGAAGUUCUAUGA